GGUUUUACUGUACACAUGGGAUAAAGAGGUUAUUUAAAACUCCGAUUCGAUUUUAAAAUGUAUUUUUAUAUUUAUUAAAUAAAGACAUAAACCUACGAAAAUGCUUCGAAAAAUAUUUGGGAAUUCUGCAAUUGUAAUAUCAGGAGUGUUGCCCUUUAAUUGGGAAUGGGAGAAUUUUGAUCAAAUAAAAACUACAACAAAAGCUUCGCAAGCUUUUUAUAAUCGUAAUGCAGAAAAUGAAACUGGUUGGGAUCGCUUGUAUUUAAUGUUUAGUUUAGAUGAAUUUAAUAACUUUAGUCCUGAAUUAAAUUCUACUAUGCAAGCAGGAUUUAUGGGUUUAUUUAUUGGGGCUUGCUAUGGUGGAUUUAUUCGGAGUCGUGUGGCGUAUUUAGAUUUUAUGGAAAGAAAUCAAGCUACAGCUUUUAAAUCACAUUUAGAUGCUAAAAAACAACUGCAAGAUGCUGUAACAAUGAGCUUUGCAAAAGGAGCUUUUCAAUGGGGUUGGCGUUUAGGAUUAUUUACGUUCACCUAUGUUGGAUUCACAACAGCAUUUUCCGUAUACAGAGGGAAAUCUGGUAUCAUUGAAUAUGUUGGUGCAGGCGCUCUAAGUGGAACACUAUAUAAAUUUAACGGUGGUCCACGAGCCAUGUUAGUUGGUGGUGUAUUAGGCUCCGUAUUAGGUGGUACUGCUGGUAUUCUAUCAUAUGGAAUUACAAAAUUAACGGGUAUGUCGUUAGAAGAGGCUAGAUAUUGGCAAUAUCAAUGGAAGAAUGAUCGUGAACAGCGGGUACAAGAAAUUUAUAGGAGGCACGCGGAAGCAACGGAAGAUGAUAAAUUAAUUAAACAUCAUAAACAAGUUGUUGGAGAAACGAAUCCCGAGGAAGUUCUGAAAAAUAUUGAUUCAGAUGCAAAAACCAGAUAAUUUUGUAAAUUUAGAUAUUCUAUUGGAAGAUCUUGUCGAAAGAUUUGGGGAAGAGCCAUCUUGUCUAAUAUACGAUCUCGACAUGUUUGACGCAGGAUACGUUAAACGUUUCUUAAACUCAAACCCCUCUGCGCUGUGUUCCAGUGAGAGUGGUUAGUAGAUAAUAGAUAAGAUUUAAGUUAUUUCAACUGUUGUUAUUACUUGUUGUAAAAAUGAAUCAAAAUCUGUAAAUAAUUAUUUAAUAAAUUAAGUUUCCAA